GGUGUCAUCGCCUCUUCCUGUGACUUGACUUAACCGAGAGAUUCAGCAACUGAGUUUCGCGCGUGCUGCUUCGCAGUGAUCGUCGUCGUCGUCGCCGUUGUCGCUGCUGCUGACUGGUGCGUUCAAUCGCGAAGUUUCCCUUAUUGGAUUGUUCUCGGUCUGCCGGAUUAACAUAGCCGCCACGCCGCACACAGAAGACGCGCGAGGUUUGGCUGCUUGGCGUGCUCUUCUGCCCGUUUCUUGCCAAGUGCCGGCACCAGUAACGAACGGAUAGAAUAUUGCAUUUGUUUUGUUUCGGGAGUUGACCGCAUUUCCCCCCAUCGCAUUGUGUGACAGAUUCGGUGCCCCGUGUGUGGAAGCUGUUAAAAAUAACUCAAAUCUUCUUCUUGGAGAGUACUCAAUCGAAUAUCCAAAAGUUACUGUGAGUUACGGAACGACGACGGGUCAGCUGUGUACGGCAAGUGACAAAUAUUCAGCACCAGACAUCUCUCAGUCUGUGUUUUGCAAGUGAAACGUGUUUACUGGUUGACGUAAAUCUGCUCAGACAGACGAAAGUACCGAAGAAAGUGUAUUCUUACUCAAAGAAGAAGAAGGUGAAGUGCAAAUCUCGGCGAAAUAAGUGAGUUGAAAUUAGCGCUGAAAGGGAAGAUUAACCGCGCUUCUGAAUCUCUACUAAGACCGAAUCAGCUGCGCUUGUGGUUUACGGUUUUAACAGGGUGAUUCGAGCAGCUGCACAGUUACAAGGAGUACAUAUAGAAAUAUAAACCGGUUGGAAAGAGUUUUCCAGCCACAGGACCCCGUAAGAAAUCAGCGGAAGCGCAUCGGUUGAGGCUAACUAGAUAAACCUCCCUGCAUCGCAGACAGUAUUAUGUCCAACUCGUAUGUGACGUCCAGCUCCAGGCCGACCUCACGAUGGAAGCGCUUUCUCAAAUCAAACUUGCUCACCUUCCUCACGGUAAUCGGUGUGUUCGGUGGCACCGCGUUCGGGCUGCUGCUGAAAAAUUCCGCCGAACCGUGGACGGAACGCGAGGUGAUGUACAUUCAAUACCCGGGAGAUCUAUUUUUGCGGAUGCUUAAAUGUUUGAUCGUGCCGCUGCUGGUGUCGUCCAUUACCAGCGCAAUCGGAUCGCUCGAUCUCAGCAUGUCGAAAAAGAUUGCCUUCCGGGCAAUCAUUUACUACUUCACCACCACGAUCUGUGCCGUGAUAUUAGGCAUCAUAUUAGUUACUACGAUAAGGCCCGGUUCCGGGCGCGAUGCAGGCAGCACGAAGGGCAGGUCCGCCACCCGAGAGGUCCUGACCGUCGAUACGCUUCUAGACUUAGUUCGAAAUUUAUUCCCACCCAACAUUAUACAGGCGACAAUGUUUCAGUUUCGUACUGUUCUAGUCGCACCGGCAAAUGCAACUAAUGUUCCGUUGACGGAGUACAAAAUAAAAUCCGAAUUCACCGAGGGCACCAACGUGCUCGGUAUGGUCAUGUUCAGCGUGGUGCUCGGUGCGUGCAUCGGCAAGAUGCGCGAAGCCGGCAAACCGCUGCAGGCUCUGUUCGAAACGCUCAGCGAGGCGAUGAUGAUCAUCACCUCGUGGGUCAUCUGGAUAUCGCCGAUCGGCGUGUUCUUCCUGGUGGCCGCCAAGCUGCUGGAAAUGGCAUCGUUCGUCGAGGUACUCGGGCUGCUCGGGUGGUACUUCAUAACCGUGAUGCUUGGACUGUUCCUGCAUGGGUUUGGAACGAUUUCGCUCAUUUUCUUCUUAUCUACGCGAAAGUUGGCGUAUCCUUUUAUUGGUAAAAUGAGCCAGGUUCUGGCUACCGCUUUCGGUACCGGUUCUAGCUCGGCGACGAUGCCAAUCACUAUCCGGUGUCUCGAUAACAUGGGUAUCGAUCCACGUGUAACGAGAUUCGUGAUUCCGGUGGGUGCAACCAUCAAUAUGGACGGAACUGCUCUAUACGAGGCCGUUGCAGCCCUAUUCAUUGCACAACUGAGGAAUAUUCCUCUGUCGUUUGGUCACAUAGUUGCUGUCAGUGUCACUGCUACGGCUGCUUCGAUCGGUGCCGCCGGUAUUCCACAAGCCGGUUUAAUCACCAUGGUGAUGGUGUUGGACACCGUUGGACUACCGGCAGAGGAUGUAACGAUCAUCAUUGCUGUUGAUUGGUUACUUGACCGAUUCCGUACCACUAUCAACGUUAUGUGUGAUGCAUUGGGAACGAUUCUGGUGAACGCAAUCUCCAAAAAUGAUUUAGCCGCUACCCCUAAUAACAUGUGUGACGCCGAACCGCACGAACUGGUUGAACUGCGGCAGGAUUGCAACGAGAAAGAGUGAAUUCGGUCGCCGUACGGUGUCAAGCCCCAAGCGGGUGGCUCAUCCCUCCUGAAGUAAUAAAAAUGAAAGAAACAACAACAACCGAUUUCCUGUGUUGAAUGCAGCAAAUGUCAAAGAGCUCAAACGAAAGAAAGAAACUAUCUCCCUAGUGGCUAUUUUCCGGAGCGUAACCAUCAAACAACCAACAUGUACUCUCGUUAUCACCGUCUUAGUAGGCCAGGGUGCUGUAAGCAAAUGCAGCUCAUAUUUUGCCCUUUUUUCCCCCAAGGGGACAGUGACAUCUCUUCCAGUGUUAACCUGUGUCAUUUAUUGCGUCAUUAGAAUAUGUCAGGAGUCAGGACAGGUAGAGUACGGAGUACACUAUCAGUGGAUGGGAAAAGGUAUUCGGUAGCUUUUUCUCAUAUUUCAGAAUUGGGUCCGUUUGCUGUGUGGUGUUCAUCCCUGAGCGUAGAAUCGAAAUAAAAAAAGUGUUUGAAAACAGAAUUUUCCAAACCCUGGAAAAUAUCCGUAAUUCGUACGAGCUUAAGUCUAACGUAGCGUCAGUGUUAAUUAACUGUAUAAUUAAAAAUACUUACAAAUAUAUUUUAAUAGUUAACGUUUUGUACAUUUUUUAUUUUCUUGUUUUUUUUCGUGGCUUAUUUAGCAAUCCAAUACAAACGCGCAUUUAUUUUCGGUUCAGCUUCAGUUUUAGUGUUUAGGGAAGGUAAGAGAAGCAAACUGCCAUCGUAGAAGUUUGCUCAGAGGGCCAACACAGAAAGAAGACUAACCCAUCAGAUUGUUAGAGCAAGGAAGUUUUGUUUUUAGUAUAAACCUAAUUCGUUAGCGCAGCCACGAAAAUAAUAUACGAACUAACUCUCUGUGUUGGGCGUUUUUAGCUCCAAAAAGAAUGAUGAACAUAAGUUUUACUUAGGAAAAAAAAAUGUUAUUCGUAAAUGUUUCAUCUAAAAAACCGAAUUCGAUUGUACCAAGAAAUGAAAUUCACGUAAGUGAACAUUUUACCAGUG